UCUACAUUCCUUGAUGCCUUCAAGUAAAUGACAGAAUCUCUGUGCCCACAGGGCCUAAUUUGCCUAACCUCCUUCGCAUUUAUGUUUGCAUUAGGCAUUAAUCCAUGAAGAAUUUUGCAGAAGUGGACUUUCCAAUUACUUGAAGCUUUGACCCUUUUUUCAGUCCCACCACCAGUUGAAACGUGUGAUUUCCGAAACGGUAAACGCAAAGAAAAUUAAAGAAACAUUAAUAAAAAGUAGCCUUAAUCACUCCAAAAAUCUUCCAACCGACAACUUAUGAGAAUCUUUUUAACACAGACCAACCUGCUGUUUUGCUCAUUUACUUGAGUCUUUCGUGUAAGUCGCUCUCUUAACUUUCAAUCAAAAACUAUAGUGCAAUUCCAAGAAUUCCCACUCAGACCGUAUCAUCACUUUGUCUGAUUUUUUUUUUUCUUUUCUCCGUCCCACAAUUUCCGCCACCAAUUUCAUAGCCUUAUGAUUCCAAAACUAAUCCCCACAGGUGGUUGGAGUUUUCCCCUGCUCCACCAGUGGGAUACUGCUGUUGUAAUUAUGCACUAAAUCCAAUGAGAUGUACGCAGAGAUUCUCUUGGGGGUUAGACAAAUGUUUUUGAAGCUCCGAUUGGACCUAUAUAGUCUUUUUGUCAUGUUUUCCUUGGUGGGCUCGUGAAUUUUUUUCGUUUAGAUGAUUACAUCUUGAGGACUCUCUCUUAUUGAUCAUUUGCAUGGCUUCCCACUUUUACUUUACCCUCAAAAGUUGCUUUAGUUCGUUAGAUGAUAGGUAUUUAAGUGAGUUUUUGUGCAGAACAAUGUUUAAGUAUGGCAAUUUCCUGUGGGUUUCCCUAUGCAAGUUCAUUCUCGGUGUAUUUUGGUUGAUUGGUAAAGGUAUAAGAAGAGGGAUGACUGAUCAUAAGCUUCAAGAGAAUAGUUUCAGUUCUGUGGCUAGUAAUUCUCAAGAAGAUGAACUAUUGGUUUCUAAGAGCUCCAUGGAUUUGUUCUCUGAUGUUACCACAGAAAAAGAGUGUUCAAACUUCUCCUUUAGUUUUUUAGGACAGGAUUUUAGAGAUAUUAAACGAAUUUCUGCUGAAACAAAGGACUCUGCUUUUGUUAAGACUGACUUCAGUCCCAACGUCCUUAAGUAUCAGUUCUCUGCGGGAAACAACGUUUUGGGAUUCAUGGAAGAGCCACAAACUAUGAGUUUUACUGUUCAAGAAAUGUUUGUGGGUUCAGUUGAUGGAAGAGUUUCACAAAGUGAAGGUCUACAUGAACAUCACAGGUACUCUGAUGUUUCUUCACACGAUGAUUCUGUUUCCCAGAAAACAGGAUUCUGCAUCACUGAUAAUAAAGUUGAUGAAUCAAGUGUUGAAGAAGGCCAGUAUGAACAAGAUAUGUUGGAGUUUUCUGCUUGGUAUCCUCAUGAGGAAGAGAUUUUGAGGGAGAAAGAAGCUUUUGUUUCAUCUGAAAACAAAUUCCCUAUUCAUGAAGAAACAGAUGAUAAUGAUGCUUCUUAUGAAGAAGAUAUUUCUUAUGAAGUGCAACAACAGCUUCCGAGGCAUGAGUUCUCAAGUCCUGAUUUAAAUCCAGACUCAAAGGGUUCUUCUGAUGGAAUGAUUGAGGUACCUUGUUCCAUGAUCACUGAUGAUCUAAAGCCAGAAGUUCAUGAAACAGAUGGAACUCCACAACAGGUCGUCCAUGAUAACAUAUUUACGGAUCGAGAAUCAAGUGUUAAUGAAGACACAGAAGAGGAUGCUGAUGAUGAGUACAUUGAGCUGAAGCCUCCAUCAAAUGAUGCAAAUGAAGUCACUGAAACGACAUGUUUGUCGUGGAAAGAUGCAAACUUUGUUGAUGUCAAAAUCGAUAGAGGGAAGGAAACAGAACUAAUGGAUGAAGAGAGCUUUGUGAAGGGAUCAAUGGAUUCUGAUUCUGAUGUUGAUGAAGAUGAGUUUGAUAUACUACUGGAACAUCAGCAGUUAGUGAAACAGAUGAAAAUGGAAAGGAAAAAUUCUAUGGUGAAAGGGCUUCCUACAAUAUCCGAGGAAGAAGAAUGUGAAACUCCAAAGAUCUUGGAAAGCUUGAAGCCGAUAAAAAUUGAGGACAAGUUCGAAUUCAAAGAUGUCAUGGAAGAAAUCCAGAAGUUCUACAAGAGCUAUGCCGAAAAAAUGCGGAAAUUAGACAUCUUGAAUUACCAAACCCUGCAUGCCAUCAGUUUCCUUCAGCUCAAGGACUCUCAACUUUUCAUGUCUAGUAAAAAAACUUUAAUGUCAUCUCUCAAGCCCUUUACCUUGCCAAGUUUUUCGGUAUUCAAACAACAGAGAAUUCAUGCUGAUCCGGCGCUUAAAUCCAUCUAUGAGAUGCAUAAAGACCUCGAGUUGGUGUAUGUUGGACAGAUUUGCCUGUCUUGGGAAAUUCUACUUUGGCAGUAUGGCAAAGUAAAAGAACUUGUAGCAUCACAUGGUUCUGAAGAUUCUCAUUCGUAUAACCAAGUUGCCGGAGAAUAUCAACAGUUUCAAGUACUUUUGCAAAGAUUUUUGGAGGACGAGAAAUUUCAAGGACCUAGAAUCCAACAUUAUGUCAAAAGCAGAUGCUUAUUCCGUGGCCUUCUGCAAGUUCCUUGCAUUAAAGAUGAUUGUGCCAAGAACAAGACGGAAUUAGUUGGAGAAGAAGUAGGUGCAAUAUCAAUUACCGUGUUGGCAGAUACAAUCAAAGAAGCAAUGCAGACAUUCUGGGACUUCAUUCAUGCUGAUAAGGAGGAAGCUAGUGGACUUUUAGGCGAAAUUCAGUCGCCAGAAGUUUCUGGGCUGCUUAUGAAUGUCAAAACAUGCCUUGGGAAGGUUAGUUUGUGUACUUGAGUAUGGAAUCUUCAUUUAUCGUUUUAUGGUUAAAUCUGCACAAAAUAGCCUUAUGAUCCAUAUAACCGACUCACUCACACAGUGACUGAUAAAGCUCAGUAGAGUGUUGCUUACUGCUUUUGCUUGUAUGGCUAUUCUUAUUGACGUCUGCUCUAACUUUGCAUCUUCGCAUACAGAAGGAAAAGAAGAUAAAAGAAGUACAAAGAAGCGGAAAUUGCAUCGUAAAGAAGUUCCAAAAGCAUCAUCGGAGCCUAAGUACAGCCUUGCUGAUCUCUCAAGUGGAACUGAAAUUGGUUGCUAGAGUGUUGAACAUGUCAAGGUUGACAACAGAUUAUCUGGUUUGGUGCCAGAAGAAACUGGAUAACAUUAGUAUUGCCAACAGGAAAGUCGGGAUUGAGCCGGCGUUUUUGCUCUUUCCGUGCUAAAAUUUCCAGUUCUGGUUAGAACUCAAGUAGAUUCAUUGUAGUAAGAUAGAGGUAGUAGAGCAAAAUGUACCCUCUUUACUUCACUUUUCAAAGGGGUAAAGCCAGAGGUGUGAAUUAGCCAAAUAGGUAUGCUGGUGAACUUUGUUAUUCUGCCGGUUUUAGGCCUUCUAGUUAAGGAGUUACAAAUAAUAAGCAAGACGCAUAAGUCGAUGAUCUCAAAUUUUUUUUUUUUUAUUUUUAAUUUUUGUUCGUCAAUCAAUACGCCGCGAUAAAAUGACAC